AGAGAGAGAGAGAGAGAGAGAAAACACAACCCAAAAAAAUUUGGCAUCUUUUCCCCCUCAAGUUUCUGGUGUCACUUAUGAAACACGGGUCCUGGUUGUUGCAGAGAAGCAGUUGUUUUGCCAGAAGAAGGGAGUGUGCGGCUGCCCUGGGCCCCCUCCCUACAACCUCCCUCAGCAGACUUUCUGAUCCAGGCCGCCUGUCUGUGACAGGGUGGGCCCAGGCGUGCACAUUGACCGUGCGGAGGGACCAGUCUGCCCCUCCCUUCAGCAUCUAAGUCCUCCUGUGGUGCCCUUGGCCCUGCAGACACUAAGGCUAACUUGGUCCUCUGUUGCUGUUUAGUCCAUCUUGGACGAGGCCCUGCUGGACAAAGAAGAGUAGUUUGCAGGAGGCGUGAUGCAGGAGCUGCGUCUGCUCUGCUGGGUGGUUGUCCUGGGCCUGGCUCAGGCCUGUCCUGAGCCCUGUGACUGCGGGGAGAAGUAUGGCUUCCAGAUCGCUGACUGCGCCUACCGAGACCUGGAGGCCGUGCCGCCUGGCUUCCCGGCCAAUGUGACUACGUUGAGCCUGUCGGCCAACCGGCUGCCAGGUUUGCCAGAGGGUGCCUUCAGGGAGGUGCCCCUGCUGCAGUCACUGUGGCUAGCACACAAUGAGAUCCGAAUGGUGGCUGCCGGCGCACUGGCCACUCUGAGCCAUCUGAAGAGCCUGGACCUCAGCCACAACCUCCUCUCUGACUUUGCCUGGAACGACCUGCACAACCUCAGUGCCCUCCAGUUGCUCAAGAUGGACAGCAACGAGCUGACCUUCAUCCCCCGAGAUGCCUUCCGAAGCCUCCGUGCCCUGCGCUCACUGCAGCUCAACCACAACCGCCUGCACACGUUGGCUGAGGGCACGUUCUCCCCACUCAUCGAGCUGUCCCACCUGCAGAUCAAUGACAACCCCUUCGACUGUACCUGCAGCAUUGUGUGGCUCAAGACGUGGGCCUUGGCCACGGCUGUGUCCAUUCCGGAGCAGGACAACAUCGCCUGCACUUCUCCCCACGUGCUCAAGGGCAUACCUCUGAGCCGUUUGCCACCGCUGCCUUGUUCAGCACCCUCGGUGCAGCUCAGCUACCAACCCAGCCAGGAUGGUGCUGAGCUGCGACCUGGCUUUGUGCUGGCGCUGCACUGUGAUGUGGACGGGCAGCCAGCCCCCCAGCUUCACUGGCACAUCCAGACGCCCGGCGGCACCGUGGAGAUCGCCAGCCCCAAUGUGGGCCCUGACGGGCAUGCCCUGCCUGGCACCCUGGCGGCCAGCAGCCAGCCUCGCUUCCAGGCCUUUGCCAAUGGCAGCCUGCUCAUCCCCGACUUUGGCAAGCUGGAGGAAGGCACCUAUAGCUGCCUGGCCACCAAUGAGCUGGGCAGUGCUGAGAGCUCAGUGGACGUGGCGCUGGCCACACCUGGCGAGGGUGGUGAGGAUGCACUGGGGCGCAGAUUCCAUGGCAAAGCCAUUGAGGGCAAGGGCUGCUAUACAGUUGACAACGAGGUACAGCCAUCAGGGCCAGAGGACAAUGUGGUUAUCAUCUACCUCAGCCGGGCUGGGAGCCCUGAGGCUGCAGUGGCAGGAGAAGGGGCCCUUGGGCCACGGCUCUCAGGCCUGCUCCUGCUGGGCCAGAGCCUCAUCCUCCUCUUCCUUGCCUCCCUCUAGCCCCUCCAUAACUGGCUGGGCUGGAGCAGCCUCAGGGCUUCUCUGUCUCCAGCCCUGACCCUGCCAGGGUCCCUGUGAGUGCUGCGGGGGUUGGGAGUUGGCAACUCCUAAGAUCUGCCUGGGCAACUUUACAUUUUCCUACCUCCCCUCUAAUCUUUUCUAGAACACCCAUGACCUCCAACUUCUAGGCCUGCUCCAAGCUAGUGACUAGGAUAAUAUUUAAUCCCCUAAAUCACAAUCUGUGGAGCUAAGAGCUACUCACAGCAUGACCCCCCAUCAGGGCAGCAUGCUCACAGGACCAUGCCCUAGCCCAAGCCUCGGCGGUGAGUGCCCAGGCUCUGUGACUGACAAGCUGGCAAGGGCCAGGCAGGGUGGGGAUGGUGAUGGGGUAUGGCUAGGAUGCAGCCUGAAGCACACAGAGCAUAGGGGACGAGGACAAGAUGUAGGGGCAGUGGCUGGUGUGGACCUGAGGCUCUCCAUGACCUGUUCAUGCUCCUCCUGCCCUUCUGCCUCUUGGGGGAUCAGGAGUCUGUCUGUUCUCAUCUCAGACUGCACUGGAGGAUCAAGGAUGGGCCCUCCUCUCAUCCUUCCUUCUUUAGCCUGGCCCCUCCAUCCUGGAUUCCUGCCCUUCCUUUCUCUCCAAAUGUGCCUCUAUAGCCUGCCAAUCUGGAGAGGCCAGCUGGCAUGGGGGCAGCAGAGAAAUAAACGGCAUUUCUGAUG